AUGAUUGGCUGGAGACGUUCUCGGGCUUCUAACUCUCCCCUACCGCAAGGAGAGCAGCAGGAUGUUGAAGAUGUUAAACCUUAUGGACGUAGUGGUCCGGUUCCUGUUAGUGCUUCUGCUCCGGUGCCUGUUGGUGCCUCUGUUCCGGUUCCUGUUGGUGCUUUUGCUUCUGCUCUGGUGCCUUUUGGUGCUUCUGCUCCGGUGCCUGUUGGUGCUUAUGCUAUGGUUCCUGUUGAUGCUUCUGCUUCUACUUUGGUGCCUGCUGGUGCUUCUGCUCCGGUUCAAGCACCGGUUCCUGUUGGUGCUUCUGCUCCGGUUCCUGUUAGUGCUUCUGCUUCUGUUCGGUAUGAUAGUGCUCGUCCAGUUGGUGAAAUCGUCAUAGACAUCGAAACUGGACGUAGUGAUCCGGUUCCUGUUAGUUCUUCUACUCCGGUGCCUGUUGGUGCCUCUGCUCCGGUUCCUGUUGGUGCUUCUGCUUCUGCUCCGGUGCCUGUUGGUGCUUCUGCUCCGGUUCCUGUUGGUGCUUCUGCUUCUGCUCCGGUGCCUAUUGGUGCUUAUGCUAUGGUUCCUUUUGAUGCUUCUGCUUCUGCUUCGGUGCCUGCUGGUGCUUCUGCUCCGGUUCAAGCACCGGUUCCUGUUGGUGCUUCUGCUCCGGUUCCUGUUAGUGCUUCUGCUUCUGCUCGAGUCAUGCCGAGACGUUCUCGGGCUUCUAACUCUCCCCCACCGCAAGGAGAGCAGCAGGAUGUUGAAGACGUUAAACCUCAGGGACGUAGUGGUCCGGUUCCUGUUAGUGCAUCUGCUCCGGUGCCUGAUGGUGCCUCUGCUCCGGUUCCUGUUGGUGCUUCUGCUCCGAUGCCUGUUGGUGCUUCUGCUCCGGUUCUUGUUGGUACUUCUGCUUCUGCUCCGGUGCCUGUUGGUGCUUAUGCUAUGGUUCCUGUUGAUACUUCUGCUUCUGCUUCGGUGCCUGCUGAUGCUUCUGCUCCGGUUCAAGCACCGGUUCCUGUUGGUGCUUCUGCUCCGGUUCCUUUUAGUACUUCUACUUCUGCUCGGUAUGAUGGUGUUCGUCCGGUUAGUGAAAUCGUCAUAGACAUCGAAACCGUUUAA